AUUCUCUGGUUACUAAUACACAUCAAUACACUAGGUAUUUGUGUGAAUAAUAUCUAGACACAAACAAAGAUGGUAGCGACCAACACAAAUUACGACCGAAAAAGUGAAGUAAAAGCUUUUGAUGACACAAAAGAAGGAGUUAAAGGCCUCGUUGAUGCGGGCAUAACGGAAGUUCCUCGAAUUUUUCAUCACCUGCUAGAGGAGUCGGAAACCAGCUCCGAUUCAGAAGCCAGCCAGUUUAGCAUAGCGGUCAUAGAUCUUCAAGGCCUUGAACUCGGUAGUCUAACUAAGCGCAAGGAGAUUGUUGCAAAAGUCGCAGAGGCAUCGGAGACUUGGGGCUUUUUUCAGAUUGCAAAUCAUGGAAUACCGGUAGAUGUUUUGGAGGAGAUGAAAAAUGGGGCACGUGGGUUUUUUGAGCAAGACACUCAAGUGAAGAAGGAGCUUUAUACUCGUGAACACUCCAGACCUUUGGUCUACAAUAGCAAUUUUGAUCUGUAUAGUGCACCGGCUACUAGUUGGAGGGAUAGUUUUGGGUGUUACAUGGCUCCUAAUCCUCCUAAGCCGGAAGAAUUGCCAGAAGUAUGCAGAGACAUACUGGUUGAAUAUUCGAAGCAAGUAAUGAAGUUGGGGAAGUUGCUGUUGCAGUUGUUGUCGGAGGCUCUUGGCCUAAAGCCAAGUCACUUAAAUGACAUAGAUUGUAGUGAGGGGCUUGUGCUUCUAAGCCAUUACUAUCCUGCUUGUCCACAGCCGGAAUUGACUCUGGGAACCACCAAGCACGGUGACUUCAGCUUCCUCACGAUACUUCUACAAGAUCAUAUUGGUGGUCUCCAAGUUCUUCCUCAGAACAAGUGGAUUAAUGUUCCUCCUGUGCCCGGAGCUCUUGUGGUUAAUAUUGGAGAUCUUCUGCAGCUAAUAUCAAAUGACAGAUUCAAGAGCGUACAACAUAGGGUACUGGCAAACCGUGUAGGUCCAAGAGUAUCCAUUGCAAGCCUCUUUUACACCGGCAUGUUACCGUCAACAAAACUCUAUGGACCGAUCAAGGAGCUAUUAUCAGAAGACAAUCCUCCAAAGUAUAGGGAGACUACUGUAAGGGACUACGUUCUUUACGUCCAUAACAAAGGCCUUGAUGGCUCAUCUGCCUUGUCUCAGUUCAAGCUUUGAGCUGCUGCUAUGAAGAGCGAACUUGGCAUUAUUCGGAACUCUGCUCUUUUUCGUAGGCAUGAAGACAUCGAUACCAAAGAGACAACAGCUCAGGAAAAGAGCUCCAAAACCAAAAACUACAUGAGGAUUAAGGACGGAACCUUAUAUUACACAUGGGUUUAGUUUCUGACUUCACCUGACGGUUCCUCGAGGCAACUAGUUAUGUAUGCCGGUAUCUCUGUCUGUAUUCUCGGUUUCUCUUUUCAAAAUUAGUGAAACAAGAUUAGCGGAAAGAAGGAGCUUUUGUUUAUUUUGAGGGGUUAC